GUCGCAUCGUUGGUGGGCGUGCUCCUUCACUUUUUCCCCAUCGUCCAUCGCCACGUUCGCGGUUACCGAAAUCGGACUUAUAAGCCCAUUAAAAACAGCCAUUCAAUUCACUUCGGUGGGUGGCAAUAAACAGUGAAAAAACAAUCAGUGAACAAUAAACAAUUAUUAAACGGCGACCAUUACCAUUCGGCCAACGGUGCGUGUACGUAAUUCGGAGAGUGAGUGAGUGCAAGUGAAACCGAGUGCCAUUCUUUCAGGCCAUUACAUUUGGCAUUGACAUUGACAUUGCCAUUGUCUCCCAUUCACCGCGUUGCAAUUCGACAGAUGGCAGCCAGGAGACGAGUUUGAAGUGCCAGGAUUUUGGUUUAGAAUGCCCGGAAAAGUUCUCAACGACUUGAAGUUGGCUUAAGAGUUUGUGGCUUCCUCACCGACACGCUCGAAUGGAUUUCGACAAUAGUCUGCUGCUCAGGAGGAGCCGUCGGAUGCCCGAGGGCAUCGACAGGAUGUACUACAUAGCUCCUCAGCAGCCGCUGCUGAGGAACGAGGAGGAGGACUACCAGGAGGGAUCCUUCAACCUGCCGGACUCCGCCUCGCUUCUAUACAAUGCCACAAUACAGCAAUCCCAGGAUGAAGGGUCAACCUACGGAUAUGAGUCCACAACCACACUGAAUGGAAUGCAGCACGAGAGCUUCAACAUCACCAUGAUGAUGAACUUCAGCUGCGAUGGCGACGACAUCGAGUCGGAGGAUAUGUGGUCCAGUGUCUACUUUAAAACCACCAUCUACAUGUUGUACAUUCCCAUCUUCUUCUUCGCACUGAUCGGCAACGGAACGGUCUGCUAUAUCGUCCAGUCAACGCCGCGCAUGCGUACAGUUACCAAUUACUUUAUAGCCAGCUUGGCUCUCGGCGACAUCCUGAUGUCCUUCUUCUGCGUGCCCUCGUCCUUUAUCUCGCUUUUUAUCCUCAAUUACUGGCCCUUUGGCGUGUUUCUCUGCCACUUUGUGAACUACUCCCAGGCGGUAUCCGUUCUGGUUACAGCCUACACUUUGGUGGCCAUCAGCAUAGACCGCUAUAUAGCCAUCAUGUGGCCAUUGCGGCCACGGAUCACAAAACGUUAUGCUAAACUCAUCAUCAGCGGCGUUUGGUUUGUCGCCCUUGCCACGGCCUUCCCAAUACCACUGGUUUCCGGCCUCGACAUUCCCAUGUCGCCGUGGCACGAGAAAUGCGAGAGAUACAUUUGCCGGGAGAUGUGGCCCUCGCGGACGCAGGAGUAUUACUACACACUGUCCCUCUUCGCGCUGCAGUUCGUCGUGCCGCUCGCGGUGCUCAUCUUCACCUACACCCGGAUCGCCAUCCGUGUCUGGGGCAAACGACCGCCCGGCGAGGCGGAGAACUCCCGUGACCAGCGGAUGGCCCGCUCCAAACGCAAGAUGAUAAAGAUGAUGCUGACGGUUGUGAUUGUAUUUACCAGCUGCUGGCUGCCAUUCAAUAUUUUGCAGCUUUUGCUGAACGAUGAGGAGUUCGCGCGCUGGGUGCCGCUGCCGUACGUGUGGUUCGCCUUCCACUGGCUGGCCAUGUCGCACAGCUGCUACAACCCGAUCAUCUACUGCUACAUGAACGCCCGGUUCAGGGGCGGAUUCCUGCAGAUCAUGCACCGCGUGCCGGGCCUGCGUCGCUGCUGCUGCCUCAAUCGCUAUCUGCGGAGCGGCGGCGAGCGGAGCUUUGAAGCUACCGGUGAGAUGAACAUCAAGUACCAUCGCCAAGUCGGCGACCCUCUAGUCAGGAAACCUAAGAUACGCAUUAGGAACAGCCGCGGCCUUCCACCUCAAUCGUAUGAACACGUGCACCACCUACAUCAGCACCCGGAGAAAGUUACGAGCGAAUUCUAUGCAAGCAAGCCAAUCUUCAUGUGCCGAGACGUCAGCCUUGCGGUAGCUUCCAUCGGAGCCGAUGAAUCACCUGCUCACCAAGAAGACAGCGCAGGUGAUGUGCACGUGAACGGAAAGUGCACAGAGUUUUGAAUAAAAAAAAUAACGAAUAAAACAACAACCAAAGAAAGAAUCUCCCACAGAGUCCCGUCUGCUGAGUGUAUAUGUGUGCAUGUGUGUGAAUGUCCGAGUGUUUUACCUGUAUUGCAAGUGUUAACUCAAUGUAUUUGUACUGAAUGUAUUUAAAUGUACCAAUGAAGAAAGUAUAAGCUAUUCACAUAAAAAUGUUUGAUUGUAAGCAGCCAGUUCAAAUAAACCCGCAAGUUAUGCAAUUUAA